AUGGCUUCACGGAAGGAGCAGAAGAAGUCUUCGUCGAGGAGGCACAGGGACCGGAUCAGCGGCCUCACCGACGACGUGCUGGGCCACGUCCUCUCUUUCCUCCCCACCAAGGAGGCGGCACGCGCGGCGGCGUUGUCCCGCCGGUGGCGCCACGUCUUCGGCAGCGUCCACACCAUCUCGUUCGAGGAGACAAAGGGCGAGAGGGCCUAUGACUGGUACACCUACUACGUGCAGGCGUUGGAGAGGAAGAGCUGCAGCACCAAGCUCCUCGAUGACGUCAACGCCGCGCUCCUCUGCCACCGCCGCUGUGCUGGCCUCCCUGUGCCGCCGCGCAGCCUCCGUUUCGCCUUUGACAAAUGGCAUUGGUGGGACAAGGUCGCCGUCGACCAGUGGCUCUCCUACGUGGCGCCACGUAGGCAUGUCGGCCACCUGGCAGAACUGCACCUCGAUAUGUGCUUCUACCUAGGCCCGGUCUGUACAGCAUCUGACAGCGACAGUGACGGCACCGAUGAUGAUGAUGAUGAUGAUAGCGGCGGAGCAGGCAGUGACUCGGACGAAGAAACUAAGUGGAGGUAUCUCCUUCCGCCAAGGCUCUUGUCCUGUGCCGCCCUAAGAACGUUGUGCAUCAACAGUUGCCGGUUCAAGCUCGGACGGACGACCUUGACCAUUGACCUGCCGGUCCUCGAGACGAUGCGCCUCACGGCCCUUGGGGACUCCGGGGAAAGCAUCCAGUGUCUGAUCUCGAGCUGCCCCCGCCUCGCCGACCUGACGCUGGAAGCAUUGUGGAACCUCAAAAGGAUCUCCGUGCUCGACAAACGCCUCCGCCGGUUCUCCAUCCGCUGCUGCCACGACCUGAAGUCCGCUAUAAUCGACGCGGCGGAGCUGAAGUUGUUGGACUACCGUGGCAUGGUGCCUGCGGGGUCGCUCUUGUCUCUGCACCGCUUGCCGGCGAUCAUUCCUUCAUGCACCAUCGAUUUCUGCAGGCCUCUCUCCAAGGAGGCUCAGUUCGUCAGGUUUAGAGAUUUCCUCGACAAAAUCCAAGGCGUGGCUCACCUGCGUCUCCACCACCAGAGCUUGGAGAGCAAGUUCUUCGGGGUCGCGGGGUUCCCGCUCUUCUCCAGCCUGACGAGGCUCACGUUGCAAGGCUGUAUCCAGACUCACCACAGCGUUGACGCGUUGCGCAUGGUCUUGGAGCAGACCCCGAACCUGGAGGUUCUCACGCUGCUGAUGGAGAGGUCAAAAGAGGAGUACGGUGACAUCAACGUCCCCGCGUCGAUCUUGUCGAUUCCAUGCUUGCGGCAUCGGGUGCGCGAGAUCGCCAUGGAAAAUUACGAGGGCCUCAAGCCAGAGAAGAGCUUGGCCAAGCUCUUGCUUCAGAAUGCGCUUGUUCUUGAAAGAUUGCACGUAGUGUUCGCCAAGGAAAUCAAGCCUGAGCGAAAGAAUAUACUGGAGGCAGAGAUCGGAAAAUGGGGAGUGGCAAAUUCAGAAGAUAUCUUCGUAUAG